CGGAUGAAAAAAGCUGUGUAGAGUUGCGAUUUGUUUUAGAGAAUGAAAUCAAGAAUUCCUUAAAAAAGUUUCUAUAAUAUAUAGGCGAGAGAGAGAGAGAGAGGCAGAUCACAGGAGAGCGUUUGGAGAAGUCAGAGAAGAGAAAUGGCGACGGCUAUGAUGAGAUCUGGUCUUCAAGCAGCACUUCGCAGAGGUGGACGCACCGUUCCUCCUAAGAGGGGUUUCGCUUCCUCUGCUCAUCAUGAUGACGCCUAUGAGACGGCAAAAUGGGAAAAGAUAACAUAUGCCGGCAUUGUCACGUGCACUAUUUUGUCGAUUUACAACCUUUCAAAGGGUCAUCCACACCACGAAGAGCCCCCUCCAUACUCAUAUUUGCACAUUCGUAACAAGGAAUUCCCAUGGGGUAUGGUUCAUUCUAUCCAUAGUUCAAGGUCCGGAUGGCCUUUUUGAGACGAAACAUACCGACCAUUGACAUCCAAUCUUUAGUGGUUGUUUUUGGACAUUAAUGUUCAUUUAGCAAUCUCCUUAGACUCCUGUGGCAAGUUGCUUUCCGUGUUUAUCUUUUGCAGCAUAACAAAAAUUGAUUAAUUGCAUCGGCAUGAUUCUGUUUGUGUUCCUCUACUGGAUUUUUUGAGAGUGGUUUUCCAUCGUGUUCAUUAAAAGCUUAAUUAAUUGUGUUCUGAUCGGGAAAAAAAAACUUGAUUGUGGUUGCUUGUGUUGUAUGCGCUUGCAUGUCUGUAUAUAUGUAUGUUUAAAUCUGGAAUUUGUCA